AUGGUUAAAAGAAAUUUACUAAAAGAUUCUAUUGGGAUUAGUUCUAUGGGAAUACAAGCGAUGUUAGAUGACGAGUAUAGAAGAACUUACAGGCCGUAUAAAAUUAAAACAGCGAGCAAUAUUGUUCUUAAAUGUUUAAGUGUUAUCGUUAGAUUUUUAAUCUUAUUUCCUUUCAGAUUGUUAAUAUUUUUAUUUAUUUUAGGUCCAAUUAUGCUUAUUAGUUUAAUUUAUAAACCUUUCUUUAUUUAUGCGUUAAAAGUAAUUAAUUUUGGUUUAGGAUUGUUCAUUGUACAUGUUGGAGAGAAGAAAAGAUUGGACCAAUCUCAUGUUUAUGUUGCUAAUCAUACUUCAUUUUUAGAUUAUUUAAUAAUAUCAUCUCAUAAAUUUCCACAAACUGCAAUUGGCCAAUCAUACAAUGGUAUUUAUGGUGCUUUUAGUAACUUUAUAAGUAAAUCUAAUAAUUCUGUCUUUUUUGAAAGAACAGAUAAGAAAGAUAAAGAUUUAGCUGUUGGAUUAAUUAAACAGUAUAUGACUGAUGAUAAAUCAUCGUUAUUAAUUUUUCCUGAAGGAAAAUGUAAUAACAACAAAUAUUCAACACUCUUUUUUAAAGGAUCUUUUGGAUUUAAUAUUCCUGUUAUUCCUGUUGCAAUUAAAUUUAAGAAAAACUUGGUGUCACCUGUUUGGUCUAAGAACAUGUUUCCUGAACUACUUUACUUACUAACGAGAUGGCGAAUUGAUGUUAUUGUUACUUGGUUUGAUCCAACAAAAUUAGAAGAAAAUGAAACAACAACUGAAUUUUCUCACCGAAUUAAGACGCUCAUUUCAAAUGAAGCGGAGUUAAAAAAUACCCUUUGGAACGGGUUUAUUCAUUUUGAUGAAAGUGAGAAACAAAGAACUGAACUGAAAGAUUCUUUUAUUCAUUUUUAUUCGAAGAUUAGAAAUUCAAAUUUUGAAUUUGAUCAGUGUAAAGACUAUCUUGAUUUUUAUUAUCCGGUUGUUAAUUUAAAAAAUCAAAAUUUAAAGAAAUCAAAAAUUUAUUUUGAUAGAUUUUCCUAUGAAGACGCAUUUUUGGAAGUUAACAAAGAACUUCUAAGAAAAAAGUUUUGA